AUGCAGCCUGUGAAUGCUGGAAACCCAGCGCCUGCACAUCAACCACCUACUCAGCGGCGCAAACGAAUCGUCGUGGCCAUGACUGGUGCGACAGGCGCAGUUUUGGGUAUCAAGUGCUUGAUCGCCUUACGUCGCUUGAAUGUCGAAACACACUUGGUGAUGAGUAAAUGGGCUGAGGCGACCAUCAAAUACGAAACCGAUUAUCAUCCCUCCAACGUGAAGGCUCUAGCCGACCACGUUCAUUCUAUCAACGAUAUGGCGGCCCCGAUCUCAAGCGGUUCUUUCAAAGCAGAUGGAAUGAUCGUUGUUCCAUGCAGUAUGAAAACCCUGGCCGCCAUCCACAGUGGAUUCUGUGAUGAUCUUAUCUCCCGCACAGCAGAUGUGAUGCUCAAAGAGCGGCGACGACUUGUCUUGGUUGCUCGGGAGACACCUUUGAGCGAGAUUCACCUGCGUAAUAUGCUGGAAGUUUCCCGCGCAGGCGCAAUCAUCUUCCCACCAGUUCCAGCAUACUACAUCCGUGCUGCGUCUGUGGAUGAGUUGGCCGACCAAAGCGUCGGGCGCAUGUUGGAUUUAUUCGAUUUGGAUACGGGCGAUUUUGAGAGAUGGGAGGGUUGGCAGCACGCAGAGCGUUGA